AUGAACCCUGAAAAUACAGAUGACAUCUGUUUAUGGCUCCCGAACGAAUGUGUCAUUGACACCAAUGCAUUUGAUUCUGAUGAACUAAAUCAGGUUGUAUCUAUUGGCUCAGCACCAAAACCACUCUAUAAACCAUCUGAGAAACCUGAAAGAAAGAAUAAAACUGAGAAAAAGACCUCAGAUCAUGCAGAAAGUAUAGCCAAUACUGAAACCGAGUGCAGGAAAGAGGUUGAUGGACCUCUUUCCUGCACUCGGCUUAGCCCAAAUGGCAAAUGA